CUUGCAACCACUGGCCAUUGGCCUCUUCUCCGUAAAAAUGUCAUUCCGGCCAGUGUUCCAGAGGCGGACUCUCGUUCCAGUUGCAAGCACUCUCCUCGCCGGAGGGAUCGCGCUCUAUCCUCGGCGUAUUGCGUAUGCAGAAGAGCCACGGGAUAUAAAAAAACCGAUCUACGAUGACUUCCCGAUCGAAACCCCGAAAGCACCUACAUCGACUCCUCCGGCUGUGACAACAGCUCCAGAAACCUCGUCCGAGGUCGUUCCUGCUACGUCAGCCCCUUCGCAGACUCCUACAGAUAUCUUGGCUGCUCAGAUCCGACAAGCUCGACUCUUCCUCUACGCGCACGCUCUCGCCGCCGAGAACGGGUUCAAUGACUUCCUUUCUCGCGUGUUGCACAUUGAGAACGCAUUCACCAACACCGUUGCCUCAUUGGCUCCUUCCCCAGAGUCCGGGGAACGUCUGCUUCCUGGGGGUGUCUAUGUGAUUGUAUCCGCCAUGGCCGGUUCGAUCGUCUCGCGGAACCGGGGUGUCUUCCUUCGAACUGCGUCACCACUUGCCUUCGGCACUGCUGCCGCUUGGUACCUCCUGCCUGUGACAAUGCGUAAUAUCUCCGAUCUUGUCUGGGAAUAUGAGAAGAAGGUGCCCGUCGUUGCAGAGCAGCACCUGAAGAUCCGCGACCAAGCCGAGUAUAUUUGGACUACCGGUGUUGCACACAGUGGGAUGGCGAGGCAGAGAAUGGAAGAUAAAAUUGGUGAUGCCAGGAGGAAACUGGAAGAGUUGGUUAGCAAGGGCCACUGAACCGACUGGAAAGCCAUUUAGGCCAUCGGGAAUGCCAAUUCCUUUGAUACUGGAAAAUGUGGGAUAGGAGAACACAAUUCCACGUAUAUGUAUUCUCAUCAUUUAGAAUCUAAGAAGCGAGGACUUUCAGCCAAUA